AUGGCGACUGUAACCACAGACCCUGCUCUUACCAGGCGCCCCACCAUGGUCCGCACUGGAACUUUCACCAUAGUCCGCACUGGCACCUUCACCAUAGCUCACGCCGCUAACAAGGGACAAGACUCUCGCUGCUGGCUCGCAGCCAAGACCCGUUUCCGUGAACGCGUUAAAGACUAUGAUAAUCCACCAAAACCCGAGCAACUUGAAAAUUUUCUAUUCAGCAAUUCUAACGUGAAAAAUGCAAUUUCAGAGUGUGAAGAACUGAAAUCUAAGGCUGAUAAGCGGUAUAAAGGGAAAGUUAGAAAAUUGCUGGAGGUAUUGAGCUUUAUAAAGGAUACUGGAGACGCUGUUUUAACAUGCGCACCGGAGACUGUGAGCAUUGCAUGGGGGGUUAUCAGCUCCCUUAUAAGUAUUGGAGUCAAAGAUAUGGAGAGCUGCGACCAAAUCUCGGAGGCUUCAACGAACAUUGUCACUAUAAUCUUGAAUUGUCGGCUCUAUGAAAACCGCCAGCGGAAUUCGAAUGACGCAGAAUCAAUUGAGCUUACAAACCGGAUUACCGAGGCGAUUGAGGAGCUUAUAACGGUUAUUCUAGAGUUCUGCUGGUUCGCGAGUAGGAAGUUUGGAGGUGAAAAUAAGCACAAAAGAUUUGGAAACAUCUUAGGUCUCAAAUCAGCGACGGCGAAUGAGAAGUAUGAAGAUAUUGUCAGCAAAUAUAAGGGGCUUAGGGAGAUGAAAGCACAAAGCUCCGAACUGGCGGAGAGACUAAAACAAGAAAACGAAGAAUCACUGAAAGCCUUGAUCUUCCCCAAUCUAGAUGAAAUCAGUGGGAAGCUCGAAUUCAUCCACACCGACGUCUCCGCUAUCAGAUCUCAAGUCGGCGACAUAUCUCAAGAAUUUAAUAAACUCAACGAUUCAGAAAAAAUUAGAAUCCUAGAACAAAGAACCAAUGAAAAAUUCGAAAAACUAUACAGGGACCUGAAGCCGUCAGAUGCCCACCUACGACAGUUCGGCCUCACUUUAGAACCUCUUCUCCAAAGAGUUCAGACUGCCCGUUUAUCGCAAUGGUUAUUUGACAAUGAACACUACAGGUCCUGGGUGAGAGGAAAUCAGAAAUUCUUCUAUCUCAAAGGCCAGGCGGGUUUUGGGAAAUCGGUAACAAUGGCGCUUGCGAUUGAUCAAUUAUUACAUAAUGCUUCAAGAAGUCCAUUGUCAAACUUUAAAAUGCGGCACCCUAGGCUGCACUCGGCAGUCUAUGACGACGCGGCAAUAUCUCCGAUGGAUAAAGAUUGUCCUGUCAUAUUUUUCUUUUUCAAGAGAGGGGACGAUGGGACACAACUGGCGGAAAGCGCUAUCUCAUGCCUCCUGACGCAAUUGUUACAUUUUUAUUCUGGUAAUACUAGAGAAGAAAAGGAAAUCUUGAUGAAAAUCUUGGAAGUCCGGCAUCCCAUCAAGAGCAAGGCCGAACUUGGGUUCAAAGGCGAUGAGCCUAAGCCCGAAGAUCAGGAACUUUCGAUUACCCCAAAUAUAAACAAACUAAAAGGGAUUGUCGAAGCGAUGAGGAGAACAGUCUACAUCGUUAUCGAUGGUAUCGAUGAAUGCACAGACUAUGAAAGCUCUGGGCUGGUGUCGGAAUUGGUAAGACUCGGAAGACCUAAGGAAGGAAGCGUCAAGUUUCUCUUCUCUAGCCGCGAGGGUUUGGACGUAGAAAAGUUUUUUGCAAAGGGGGAAGCGGUCAUAGAAGACAAUAAAACCACAAAUCCAAAUGGGAUCCUUUGUCAGAUCCACGACGAUGCCACUAUAUUAACCGUCGAUAGGUCCACGAACGAGGUAGAUAUGCGAGUCUACCUUAAGGAUUCUCUUACGGAACUUCUUGGCCUUCAUCCCACCCAUCACCGGUAUUUCAAUACUGCAUUUUCACCAACAUUAGAGAGAGAGAAAACAUCGCUCAAUAGCAAACAAAGCAAGGAGAUCCAAAGCAUGGUAGAGACGAUCCAAAAGAAGGCGGAAGGUAUGUUCACAUACAGUGCCAUGGUCAUCGCAAGCUUACGACAACCAUCGCCAUUAUCAAUCAAACGACGAAUCAAAGAGCUUCCAGAUCAAAUGGAUAACCUAUACACAAAACAUCUGGAGUCCCUCACCAUGCCACAAAAGGAGCUGGUUCUUCUAGCACUUAAAAGGGUCGCUUUUGCACCUCAAGCGAUGAAUACCUUGGAGAUUGUGGACCAAUUCAAAAAAAGAUACUUAGAUUCAGAGGAAAGCACCGAUCCUUCUGAUUCUUUUGCUGCCGAUAGCGACGACGAGAUAACGGAAGCCGGAGAAGCCGCGGGCAGAGAGUUUUUCAAAUUUUCCAAUGAAAAGCGAACGAUUGGUGUCAUCCACAAAUCAGUUCUGGAUUGGGUUGAGGGGGAGACCUCCAAAUCCCAAAAAAUAUUCUCCCGUCAGAUAUCUAUCGCAGAGGUUUUCGGAUUAGAUGAGUAUGGGCAGAUGAAGAUUACGGUUCCCAGUAUGUACCAGUUACCCGAUCCUACGAUCCUAGAUCUCGAAAUGGAUCUUAAGAUCUUUAAUCGAAAGUCGCUGAUUAAUUCCAUAACAGGGUCUUUAAUCGGCCCUCAUUUGGCUCCGGAAAACUUUCCAAUGGAGGUCUUAGCAAGCAAGGAGUUUCAGGACAGAUACAUUCCCACAGAUUACCCCGUCGAAAAUCCCAAUUCAUCGGAAAACCCAUACUGUCGCCGAUAUUCGGCCCCUCUGGAUACCGCGAAAAGGGAAAGACUCGCAGCUACUUUAGGAACCCCUGGGCACUACCGCGGUGAGCUAACCCACCUCACCUUCUACAUGCGCAAUAUCAGCGAGCUCUGGGUGUACAAUGAACGCAAGGGACCUAAAUGGACGAAACUAUUCUUGCUUCUCCGCAAACUCAGCCAUCCCAGAGUCUUUAUCAAAUGGUCAACUGAGCUUCUCCUCCUUAACAAGACCAUUGAUGAUUUAGAAGAUCCUAAAGGACUACACCAAUUAAUCACCCCCGGCGUUCUCGCGGCACAACUUAGGUGGGGAUUAUACCUUGACUUCCUUGUAGGGGAUGCAGAGUUCAACUACGACCUAGAUUUUGAUCUGCGGCAUCCCUCCAGAUUUGGCUUCACAAUCCUUCACAUCCCUGAUAUUCUUCUCUUACCCGAGAGUUUCGAACUAAUCAUGAAGAAAAUAUCGAUGCGACCUGGAGGCUACCUUUACAAUUUAGAGGACGAAGAUAGAAACACUCCUUUUUUAAUUUGUCUCCUGAUGGUAAGGAAAUGGCACAGGGACGGGACCAAACAACUUUGCUUAAUAAGAACCAUGAUGGCCAUCUUGAACUAUGACCUCGAACCAGACCUACGCUUAAACCGAGCAUGCAAUCGUAGAUUUCGGAGGGAGUUCAUUCCCGGUUUUCCCCCAUACACAAAUCCACCUUUAACCGCUGCUCUCUUGCAAACUUUCAAUCUUCCUUUGAUAUCCUGUGUUCUAAAGAAGUACGCAGGCGAACCUAUGUUCUUGGAUCUCAACUUCCCCGAUCCUUGGGGUAACAACAUUCUCCCCUUCGCACUGCAGAUGAAUUUUCCGACCCACGAACUGCGUAUCGAGAUCUUAAGGUUGCUACUUGAAUUUGAUAUAGAUCCCAAUGCUCGAACCUGGGAGGGCGUAACCGCUUUGGAAGUCGUGACCCGAAAUCUGGACGAAGAUAGUGUCAAACUCCUCCUAGACUACGGUGCAGACGCUUACCGUAUCAACACGGAUGGUAUUACUAUUUUCAUGGCUAGAGUAGACGCAAAUAGAAGUGCAGGCCCUAGCGAACAAAACGAAUUCGAGGAAAAGGUCAUAUCUAAACUGAAGCUCCUUAAGCAUCAUGGCGCGGAUAUUACCAUUCAGAGAAGGGGUUAUGGCGGGACGGCAAUUAUGCAGGUGCUUAGAAAAGGCUAUCUUCUGGUUGCAGAUGCAAUAUUACAGAUGCAUAAAUCUGAAACCGAGCCUGGCGAUUGCGCAUACCUCAUGAAACAGAAUUUAGAUGGAGAAACAUUGCUACAUACUGCAGCAAAUUACGGUAGAUUCACGGCCCUCGCACAAGCUAGGUUUGUUAUUGAUAACAUCAAUGAUAACCUUGUCCUACAAUUUUUGGGGAAGAAAAAUGUGUCCUCUCAGACGGCACUGGACAUUUCAUUGCAGGAUAGUGAGCGACUAGAGCUAGCUAGCUAUCUUGUGGCUUGUUAUUUCAAGUAUUCUAGGAUGAACAGAGAAGAAACUAAAGGUGAAGAGCUCUGGCUGCCUAGGCAUCUUGCUUGCCGGCUUUUUUGGUCUUCAUACCUAGAUUCAAUAUUAGAAUCUAUGGAAAAUUCGGAUUCCAUGAGGCCGGUUUAUGAUGCCCUAACUAAAACUCGGCCAUAUUCUAAAUGGCUACUUCACCCACUAGCAGGUACUAGUCAUGGAAGGCUAUUAUUGGAGAUCGUAGAAGCCGGAGCUGGAGCAGCGGAGUUCGAAGAGGAUGAGGAAGGUUGGGAUAUGUUCGACUGGGCUUAUGCAUAUGGCCAGGAUUUAGCAAUACUAAAAAGUUCUCAAAGCAUGGACUAUGAGAGUAGGAGGCUGGAAUGGGAAAAAAGUGAAAUGAAAAUCGAGAAAUGGGAAAUAGAACACGAUUCUAUCGAAACUAUAGACGGACUACAAAUCAAAUUUUUCGAACAAUCCUGUUCGAACGAAAAUCCAAGGGUUUAUAAAAUAUUCAGCUUCAUAACAAAAUAUCCAGUAUCGCCGUACGCCAACCUAUUUUAUUACGAAAUCACCAUUGUGCAAAUUGGUCAAGGCCUCUAUCUAGGAUUUACAACCGACUGUCCUAAUUUACAUGAUAAAGUUGGUAUUGAUGUAUGGGCCAAAGCCUCCUUCGGUCUAAGCAGUAAUUCCGGGUACGCAUAUGUCUCUGGAAAAGGCGAAGCCUCAACUUCGUCGGGGAAUGCGGAAAUAAAAAUUGGAACAGGAGAUAUAGUCGGGUGUGGAUACGACCAAGAGUCUCACGAAAUCUUUUGGACGUUGAAUGGAAAAUACCUGGGAAUCUAUGUAGCAGGCGUCAGACUACGGUUAUGGCCAAUGAUAAGUGGCGCGGAUCUCGAUAUCGACACAAAUUUUGGGGCAAAAGAUUUUGUUUGGAAAGGCGAGAGGGAAUUGUCUAAAGACAAGGAUAGUGACGCUGAUGAGGUUUAG